AGCAAAACGCGCCCCCAAAAUUUCCCGCGUUUAGUAGGCAGCGACCUCCGGAUCUAACCAGCGGCGCCGCCGCACCGCAGUACACACUAGCGCGAUGGCCUCGACGAGGGAUCUCGCCAUAGCGUCUGUUUCGGCUGCCGCGGGCGCCGUAGCUGCUGCGGCCGCGCUGCGCUUCCUGUCGUCCUACACGGCCACCAAUGCUAAGCCCCAGAACCCGGCCCCGCAACCGCCGUGCGCCGAGCCACUCGCCGUAAACGGCUCCGCCACCGGGCGCCCACCAGUGCAGGACCCCUUCAAAGCAACUAAGAGGGAAGGGUUCAUCUCAUGGGACGACUACUUCAUGGCGAUUGCAUUCCUUUCGGCCGAGCGGUCCAAGGAUCCUAACCGGCAGGUUGGAGCAUGCUUGGUUAGCCAAGAGGGCAUUAUCCUAGGAAUUGGCUACAAUGGAUUCCCCAGAGGUUGUUCUGAUGAUAAGCUUCCAUGGGCAAAGAAAUCUGCAAGAGGGGAUCCAUUGGAGACUAAAUACCCCUAUGUUGUUCAUGCCGAAGUGAACGCUAUUUUAAAUACAAACCAUGCUUCAGCAGCUGGACAGAAAUUAUAUGUCACCAUGUUCCCCUGCAAUGAGUGUGCUAAGAUCAUCAUCCAGUCAGGUGUAUCUGAAGUCAUCUAUUUUGUAGAGAAAAGGAUUGACAACUCAGAUCAUGUGUAUGUCGCUUCUCACAAGUUAUUAUCAAUGGCUGGUGUGAAGGUCAGGAGGCAUCAGCCGCAAAUGACACAAAUACCAAUCAAGUUUCAGGAGCCAAAGAAGCCGUUCUAGUGACAAAAAAAGCCGUUCUAGUGAAAGAACUGCUUACAUUUAGACAAUUCAAAAGGAACUAUAUCUGGCUGAUGUUGUGUGUUAAGUUCUUCUCUUUUCCUUUUUUUAGAUUGUUUUAUAAGGUAUAUGUUGUCAAAGGCUGUCAUGUGGGUCAGCUGUUGUAGAGUUGUAAUCCCUUGAACUACUAGGUCCUAGAGUGCAUGAGUUCUUAACAUGUGCAUCCUGUUACAAGAUCUUCUAUAGCCAGAACUAAUUAAUGGAAAGAUUGUUCACUUCAUAUCUACUCCCUCCGUCCCAAAAUAAGUGACGUGGAUUUGUAUAAGAAUUUGGCUCAUGAUUACCACUAGGAUAAUAUUUUUGUGAUCA